AUACAAAAUUAUGAUUCAUUUCGUUAAUUUUUUAUAGUGAAUCCGACUUUUUGGUAGUAGUAACCAUCAGCAUUUCAAGCAGGAUGGAUUCCUCAAGAAGAAAUAACUCUGAUGAUCAGCGUUGCAUAUUGGGCCUACAAGAUUUAAAAAUUUCCAACAAAGAUGAAAGCGAUACUGAGCAGGCGCGAGGCUCAGCGGCGCCCAAUCCAGGCUCUGUAGGUAAAUCACGUCCUGUGGGCGCUAUAGAAAGCUUCACUCUAGAUAAUACCCAGCCCAAUCGGCAAGACUACAGUUUUUACGAACGUUCUAAUGUGAUCGCUGCCUCCAAGUUUGCGACACCCAAACGUGUAGAGACAAUAGCCUCUAUCAAUAAACGUGAUAUAAAUACUGCUGCUUUGCCCACUAGCCCAACGAGGUCUAUCGAUUCUACAUCUCAGAGGUCCCUCAGUUAUCAAACUGAAGAUUUGUACGAAAUUCCUGCAAAUCCUACUCAAUAUCCUCCACCCGUAUAUGAGAAUAUAGAUUACUACGGUGAGCAGCGGCCCCCGCAGCUGCCGUAUUACCAUCAGCUGUAUCAGCAGGGCCCGCCGGCGCCUGCCUCUGACGGUUUCUAUGACACGCGCUAUAGCAAGGCCCAGCCGCAAGUGCCUGUGAAUUCAAAGCCUAAAUUAAACCCAACAGUUUACGAAAAUAUGUACUGUUCAGACAGUGAUAAGAAGAAUGAAUAUAAAGUACAACAAAACCAUGAUCAACGCUUCUUACAGCAGGGAUCAGUUCCUGGACCUCAAGUACCUAAUACGAGCACCAGUAGAAGCAUUUCACAGAUGUUGAAUGAUAAAACAAAGACUGAUAAAGCUCCUCCACCACCUCCAUACAGUUCUACACAGGAGAAUCCAAGUAGUGACUACACAGUUAUGAAAUCAGCUCCUCCUAAAUACACUGAUGUCAGUCUUAUGUUGAAAAAUAAUAAUACAGUAACAUUUGAUAACAAAGUGUCAGCUGUCCCCUCUACGGCUAUAUAUGCAUCAAUUGCUCCAAGUGCUCAGAGGCCUAAGGCAAAUAUAGCUACCGAAGUGCAAGCUGCUACAUCUAGCCCUAAGUUCUUCCACCCUAAACCAAACAUUGGUAACAAUAUUGCAAAAGACAAACCACCUUCUAUGAAUGGAGGGUUUAAUGCAAAACCUGCAGUGGGAAGCAGAAUGCAUAUUGUGGAGGACACAAAUGGCUCUGAUUAUGUUUGCAUGACUGGAGGAUCUUCAGUGGCAACUUUAGCGGCCACCAACAGAGACAAUGUUUCCCUGGCAUCGGAAUCUAUAAAUUCAAAGAAUUUGGUAUCUGGAUUGAGUUCACUAUCAAUUUCUCAUUCACCUGCUCAGUCUCCAGCUCCAAGCCCUACACCCAGUUCAGUCUCUCAAGUGUCUGGAGGCUCUCGUGGCUCAGGUGGGCGUGGGAAAAGCCUCCUUCCAUAUAGCAUAACUCCUCCCAGACCAACAGGGCCAAGUGAGGCACAACGCAAAAUUGAGGAACUUACCAGGCAACUUGAGGAAGAAAUGGAGAGACAAGAUGAAGAGGGAGAAUACUUUGGAAUAUGUCACACAUGUGGUACUGGUGUGACAGGUGCUGGACAGGCAUGUCAGGCUAUGGGUAAUCUGUACCACACCAAUUGUUUCAUUUGCUGCUCCUGUGGCCGAGCAUUGAGGGGCAAAGCGUUUUAUAAUGUGCAUGGGAAGGUGUAUUGUGAAGAGGAUUACUUGUAUUCUGGCUUCCAACAAACUGCAGAGAAAUGCGCUAUUUGUGGUCAUCUCAUCAUGGAGAUGAUCCUGCAAGCAAUGGGAAAGUCAUAUCACCCUGGUUGCUUUAGAUGCUGCAUAUGUAAUGAGUGUUUAGAUGGAGUGCCAUUUACAGUGGAUGUAGACAACAAAAUCUACUGUGUCAAUGACUAUCACCGCAUGUUCGCGCCUAAGUGCGCUAGUUGUGGUAAAGGAAUAACUCCAGUGGAGGGUACUGACGAGACAGUGCGCGUGGUAUCGAUGGACCGCGACUUUCAUGUCGACUGCUACAUGUGCUGCGUGUGCGGCAUGCAACUCACAGACGAGCCCGACAAGCGCUGCUAUCCUCUUGCUGGGAAGCUGAUGUGCCGCGCAUGUCAUUUGGCUACAAUAGGAGCCACUACUGGACCAGGCCUGCCACCAGCGCCGCAUCUCUCACCUGCCUCCUACCAAUACAUGGGUUAAACCAUCCCCUUAACUUAUCUCGGGAGGUAACUAAAGGCAUAUGCUAUUUCACAAGUCUUGUUGACGUGACAUAAUCAAGAUUUUAGAAUGACAUUAGAUUAGGCUUGGGUAAAGCCCUAGAUAGAAUUGUGACGCCGUGAAUAAUUUGUGUAGCUUUAACAAUAUCACAGCUGUUUUGUUGUGCAUGUUAAUUAAUAUUUAUCAGUAAAUUGUGCAUAAUGACAGUUUAUUCAUCAUCCUUUAUAAUAGUAUUAAUUAUUGUCUAUGAAUUAGGUAAGAAUAGAAAAUGGCACAAGGCAAAUAUUAAGUGUUGUUUGAUACAAGUUCCAUAUAUUUGCGCUUUACUAAAUAAGGAUAAUUAAACUAAGCCAACAUGUAUACAUGCUACAGUUAGUAUAUAUAUAUAGUUCAACGGAAUGACGUUAUAGUUCAACUUAGUGGAAUAGAGGAAUUAAAGCUAUGUGGUUUGAUUGAAACUAAUAGUUAUGCCUAUUAUGUAUUUGUGAUAUUGAUAAUUGAUAUUACCACAUAGUAGGUGUUUUUUGCUGUGAGUAAUUGGGAAAGCAUAUACACAUCAAUUUUAUAAAUAACAACUUUAAUUUCAAUGUGCUACAUUCAUAUGAACAUGUUCUUGUAAUAAAAAAUCUUUUAUAAAAAAACAUUAUAUCACAAUAUUUGUGUUAUUUAUGUAGCUGUCAAUGUCACGUUAAAGCUAAAUAACAAUUUGUUAAUACUU